AUGGGUGGUGUUGUAGCUUCUUUCUUCAAGUUCAAACCAUUCAACUUCAGAUUCUUCUUCUUCUUCUUCCUCCUCAUUCUAAUUGUUAUAUACGCAGAGGCCAACGACACCAGAGAAACGCCAACCCCAAAUCCCAAUCCUGAUGGCACAGAAAAAACCUCCUCCGCGUUCAAACCAGGAAUGGCCGUUGUGGUGGCCGUUUUGACAACCAUGUUUUCUCUCACCUUCCUCCUCCUCCUCUACAUCAAACACUGCAACGGCGCCGGGAAUAUCGACACCGGAGGAGGAGGUAACAUUACAACUUCACGAGCGGUGCCACCUUUGACCGGAAGGAAAAACUCCGGCAUUGACCGGUCAAUAGUUGAAUCUUUACCCAUCUUCAGAUUCGGAGCACUGAGAGGCCAAAAAGACGGUCUCGAUUGCGCUGUUUGUCUCACAAAAUUCGAAGCUGCAGAGGUUCUUCGGUUGUUACCAAAAUGCAAGCACGCAUUCCACGUCGAAUGUGUUGAUACAUGGCUUGAUGCACAUUCCACUUGCCCUCUAUGUCGUUACCGUGUGGAUCCAGAAGACAUUCUUCUAGUACAGGAUCCUGCGAAUUCGAAGAUUUUAAGGCGUAACAACCAACAACAAUAUUUGGACAUUGAAAGAGGGAGAAACUCGAAUCACGAGAUUGUAGAGUAUCGGCGGAGGCAUUCGUCGGUGGGAGAAAGUGAAUCGGAACGUCAGAGCAAGAGAACGACGUCGUCGUCGUUUAGGAGGUCAUUGGACAGUGCCACGUCGACAAAGAAGAACGAGAGCGUUGGUUGUUUUAUCCGUCCCAGAAAAGACGGGAUGUUGUUGGCACAAGAGAGGGACAGGACGAGCGUGGAACGGAGGUUGGAGCACCGGAUUAUUGUGUCGUCCACCCCACACAGGAACGGUGGGGUCCACCAUCAUCAACGGUGGAGCGAUGUGCAAGCGUCGGACUUACUGUAUCUGACGUCGGAGAUGAUGCGGUGGAACACGCGCGGCGCGAGAAGAGUGGUGAACAACUUGGAUGAGGACAGUUGGAAGGGGAGGGGUAUAAUAAAUUCGAGAAGCGUGUCUGAAAUCACGGGAUUGAGCAGGUUCUUGAGCAAUAACAUUAACAACAACCACAGAGAGUGGGAACAACGACAACAACAAAGGCACAUGGAAAGAGAGGAAGGAUUAGUGUCGAGGUGGUUGACUUGGAUUUCAAGGUCACGGUCACAGCCAGCUGUACGGUAG